GGGGGAUGAAAACAGUUUUGCUUUUGUUGACUCAUUAGAUCUGGCAACAAAGGGCAUUCAUGUCCGCCAUUUCUGUAAGCGAAGACCUGCGUGAGAGCGACAAACGAUAUUAUAUUCAUCUCGACAGUAAAUACGAUAACGUACUGUCUCCAAAAAUGUGGCAUGGACCAGGGCAGGGACCACGUGGAGGGCCAAGCUUUCAUGGUGGCCAUCAUGGAGAAAUGUUUGGGGGCAGGGAUUGGUAUAUGCAUGAAGGUAGAGAGCAUGAUGGGAUGUACAUGGGGCCCAUGGGUCAUAUGGACCCAAGACCCCUCAACCCACCACCGAUGGACAUGAGAAGGAUGGACAUUCCACCUAUGAGGGGGUGUGACAUGGACCCACGUGAAAUGCGAGGCAGAGACCCAAGUAGAGAUUUCUUCACACCUGAAAAUGAAACAGACUUCAGUCUGAGGAGGCAAUAUGAAGUGUCCAUUAGAGAAAAACUGAGGCAUUCUUCUGAAUUUAUGGGACCAGGCAUGGGAGCAAGAGGUGUGCCACCACGGGAACCAAACAGAUUUAUGGAUAUGGGAGAUAGAGAGAGAGUUAAUUACAAUAUGUCAUGGCAAAAUAAUCCUGAUUGUGAUCGGAGAAGAGGGGUUUCCUUUGACCGAAUGGAAUGUCGUGAUGGAUUUGGGGCUACCCAUGACACACCUCCAGUGAAUAUGGGUGAUAGAGGUCCCUUUCAAAUGGACAUACCUCAGCACGAAAGAAGAAUGAUGGACACUGACAGACGCGAACGGCCACCUUUCAAUCCAAGAGGUAGAUUUGACUCUGAUACGGAUUUCAGAAAUCGUCCGGGAUCAUCAGCUGAAUUUAGAGAGAGAUCUCCCUUAAGAUUAGGAACCAGUGAUGUUACUCAAGUGGAUAGAACAAGAUCAGGAAUACCUUCAGAAGUUAGUGUUCCACCAAGACAGCAGAAGGUGGAUGUAGAACAUUCUUUGAGAAAGCAGGAGUAUGAAGAUUCACGAGACAGUCCUAUUGCUGAUUACAGAAGUGGUGAAGAGAUGACUCUUGCAGAAGAAUGGAAAAACCGUUGCAAAGACAAGAACUCUUCCCUAAGCAAGAGUGAUAUUGUGGAAGGGAAUAUUGCUCUUAAGAUGCCUUCAGAUUUUGGCAGAGGCAUUAAAACUCGAGAUCAACCACCAUUUCAGGAAAGGGAUCAGCCAGAUGUCAGCUUUGCUCACAGGGGACACUUUGCUGAUCCAUCAGCUGGAAGCAAAGCUUCACAAGAACAUCACCUUCCAGAAUUAAAUCCGCUUGCUGGCCCUCUUAGCAGAGAGAAUGAGGGUAAACGUUGGCUUGGAGAAAGUGACCCCAAACGUGAACAGGAAAAAUUAAAUCUUCCUGAAAGGACCACUUACCUCCAGGAGAUGAAUUUAUCCACAGGUAAACUUCUGGAGGCACAUAGUGGUUUUAAGGGGCAGAAGGAUAUCCCACACAGUGAAGUACUAGGCAGGAGUAAGAUGGGGGCAGAAGAUGAUUUCCAAAGCAACAGCACUGCACAGCUUAGGGAUCAGGACUACAGAGAUAUUGAUUACAGAACUGGGUCUGUAACAGUAUUUGAUUACAGACAUGAGAACUUUCAAGCCCCGGAGAAGUUUGUCAAAGAGUCUAAACCAGUCCCAGUUUCAAAACCCAGCGAGUCGGGUUGUAAGUUUCCAUCAAAGGAUCAGGAUUACAGAAAUGCAUUGGUGGAGGACAAAGUUUCCAAUACUAUAUCCAUAACUGGUAUUCCAAAGAAUGCGACAAUGGAGCAGAUUCUUGGUGCGUUUGCAGUCCGUGAUGGUGUGCCAAUGCAGGGGAUGAAAAUAAAAGGUGUUGUGCCUGGUUACAGCUACGAUUCCGCCUUUGUGGAGUUUUUAAGCCUCGAUGAUGCAGUCCACUUCAUGGAGUCCAACAAGGGUUCUUUGAAGGUUGGCACUGAAACUGCUUCCAUGAAGUACUUUCAGCCAGACAAGCAGAAAGGAAGUGUUCAUGAAUUGGAUCGUAAAGCACCUCAACUCCAGGAACCUCAUUUGCCCACACGAGAUGAACCUUUGGAGGAUUUGAAUGUCGACCUAAAUGUGUCCAAAUCCAAAGGUCCUACAGAACCUUUUUCCCGCAGCCAGUUGCAGCAUAGUUCUGACCUGACUCCAGAGGGCUGGAAGCAGAAGUUGGAAAACCAACUUGAAAAGCAAGAAACGGAACAGAAAGCAGGACCCUGGAGCAGCCGCAACCUUUCUCAUGAUGUCCCUCAAAAUUUGCAGCAAAUUGACCCUGUCUUUAAGGAUAGCAAAACCAUGAUCCUAAAGAAUGUGAAACCCAACAUCACAAUAGAGGCUGUCUUGAAAGCCUUAGAUCCUUUUGCAUAUCUGGAUGAGAGGAAUGUCCGCCUAGUGAAGGGCAAGACUCCUGGUGCUAGGGGCUUCUGCUUUGUUGACAUGAACUCCCAUGAGGAAGUUACACGUCUGGUUCAUCUCCUCACUAAACCCCAUCCCCUUUAUAUUGAUGGAGUAAGAGUUUAUGCCGAGGUGGCAAAACCACUGAAGAAUCAAAAAAAAGACUCUAAGCCAAGCAGUUCUGUACUUGGCUACCCACCUGAGGCCAGCAUGAUGGAUCAGCAGCAGUACUUCUCACACACACCACAGUACAUGCAAGCACUGGAGCCACAGACAAAGACUGCAGCAGAAAUGCAAGCAGGAGAUCUAAUGACCAGAAGAACUGAUCUUCCUCCUUCCUCAUCAGACCCCAGUGUUGUCCAGGGAGCUGGAUAUGGUGAGAUCCCAACCAGGGAGCUGUCAUACAAGGUUCUUGGAGCUCAUGAUACCAUGGAAUCAGAGGGAAGGACAACGAUCACAGAGGAAGCACAGGAUUUCAUACAAGGUUCUGACAGUCCGGACCUAUCCAAAUACUUGUAUGAUGCCACGUCAGGUUUCUAUUACGAUCCUGAGACGGCUCUAUACUAUGACCCAGGCUCCAAGUAUUUCUACAAUGCUCAAACUCAGGAGUACCUGUACUGGGAUGCUGUGACUAAGACCUAUAUCCCAGCCCCAGGAGGGAAUGCUACCCAGUCUGUGAUGAUGACCCCUGAGGACCGAGCCAUUCUGUCCAAUCCGGCUGCCGAUGCGCCUCUGGAAAUGAAAAAGCCAUCAGACUCUCUGCACAACCCAACAGCUUUGGGACAGUUUUCUACAACAGCCUCUGAAAGGAAAGAGGACGAAGAGUCUCCUAAAAAGGACAAAGACAAGGAUAACAAAGAUGAGAAACCAAGAAGUCUGGCUGCUGUCAAGAUCAUGAAAGAUAUGGAACGCUGGGCAAAAAUCCAGAACCGUCAAAAAGACAGUGUCCGCGCCCCGUCACCGGUGCUGAAGACUGGAAUGGAGCAAGACAAGAGGCAGUCGAAGUCAGCAGAUGCAGGGUUUGCCGUCUUUGAGAGGAAGAUCUCUGGAGAUGAUGUUUUUAAGAAACCCCUUGCUCCCCCUAAGAAAGAUGAAAAUGCAAAGCGUCCAAUGGGCUCUCUGGAUCUGCUGGCAUCAGACUAUGGGGCUGGAAGUGAUGAAGAAGUAGAGGAAGAAAGGGAGGAGGUUACGAAGAGCAGUCAUGUCAUCAAGUCAGAAGAAAAAAAUGACAGACUGACAGACUGGAAAAAGAUGGCCUGCCUGCUGUGUAGGCGACAAUUUCCCACCAAGGAUGCACUGAUCCGGCACCAGCAGCUUUCAGAUCUCCACAAACAAAAUAUGGAGAUCCACCUCAAAAUCAAGAGGUCAAAGAAGGAGCUAGAAGCUUUGGAGAACCAGGAAAAAGCACUGAAUGCAAAAGAAUCAUCCAGGUCACCAGAACACAAGAGAAGAAAACCUCAUCCACAGCACCAAAAGACAUGGGCCGGAAGCUCUGGGGAGUCGAAUAAGGCCUGCAGUCGGCCUGAUUUCAGGACUGAGCCUGUCACGCAGCAGCAGCAGCCGCCGCCGCAGAAGAAGGAGCAUGUCGUGUGGGACCACAGCACCUACAAACAGGCAGUGCGCAAGGCCAUGUUUGCACGGUUCAAGGAGCUUGAGUGAUCUUAUCUGAACACUUCUUUCAAAGUUUUCAUUUUUCCAGGUUAAUACGUCGUCAUGAAACCCUUUUCUGUCAAGACGGUUUUCCCUGCUUCUCUACUGUGUAAUUGACAGUCACAUUAUUUUGUACACAGGACUGAAAGAAAUGUGACUCAACAGUGUUUAGCAACUGUGUAAAUGGUGGAUGCUGUAUAAUGUUUUUUUUCUUUGAGGAUUUUUGUCCAUCUUACAUUUACAUGACUUGAAUGUAGAAUUGUGAAGCCUGUCCAGAAAGUUUUUUGUUGUUUUUGUUGGAAUGAUCUGUUGUUAAAGGCAGAUUUGUUUUGAAACAGAUGUUUGCAUUUAACUGAUUUGAAUUGUUACCUGUAUACAUUUUUUUUAAUUUAAAGAAACAAACAGUCA